UUUGCAUGCGCAGGGCCGACCCCGCCUCCGCUGUCAGCUGGAGGAAGCGGAGUAGGAAGCGGCCGCGAUGUCCUUUUGUGUCCUACAAGCAGCCAGCGGCGCCGCCGAGUGAGGGGGACGCAGCGCGGCGGGGCGGCUCGGCCGGAGGAGGCGGCCCCUGCUCAUCCCGGCGUUCCGGGCCUCUCGGCCCCCAUGCCUGCCCGCCAGCCCUGUCGGAGCCCCAGGUGACCAGCAUCAUGUCCAGCCAGGUGGUGGGCAUCGAGCCUCUCUACAUCAAGGCAGAGCCAGCCAGCCCUGACAGUCCAAAGGGUUCCUCAGAGACUGAGACUGAACCCCCUGUGACCCUGGCCCCGGGACCAGCUCCAACCCGCUGCCUUCCAGGCCACAAGGAGGAGGAGGACGGGGAGGGUGCAGGGUCUGGUGAGCAGGGCAGUGGGAAGCUAGUGCUCAGCUCUCUGCCCAAACGCCUCUGCCUGGUCUGUGGGGAUGUGGCCUCCGGCUACCACUAUGGUGUGGCAUCGUGUGAGGCCUGCAAAGCCUUCUUCAAGAGGACCAUCCAGGGGAGCAUCGAGUACAGCUGUCCGGCCUCCAAUGAGUGUGAGAUCACCAAGCGGAGACGCAAGGCCUGUCAGGCUUGCCGCUUCACCAAGUGCCUGCGGGUGGGCAUGCUCAAGGAGGGCGUACGUCUGGACCGGGUCCGAGGUGGGCGACAGAAGUACAAGCGGCGGCCAGAGGUGGACCCAUUGCCCUUUCCAGGCCCCUUCCCUGCCGGUCCUCUGGCAGUAGCUGGAGGCCCCCGGAAGACAGCCCCAGUGAAUGCUCUGGUGUCUCAUCUGCUGGUGGUUGAGCCUGAGAAGCUGUAUGCCAUGCCUGAUCCAGCCAGCCCUGAUGGACACCUCCCUGCUGUGGCCACACUCUGCGACCUUUUUGAUCGAGAGAUAGUGGUCACCAUCAGCUGGGCCAAGAGCAUCCCAGGCUUCUCCUCGCUGUCACUGUCUGACCAGAUGUCAGUACUCCAGAGUGUGUGGAUGGAGGUGCUGGUGCUAGGUGUGGCCCAGCGCUCACUACCACUGCAGGAUGAGCUGGCAUUUGCUGAGGACCUGGUCCUGGAUGAAGAGGGGGCCCGGGCAGCUGGUCUGGGGGAUCUGGGGGCAGCCCUGCUGCAGCUGGUACGGCGACUGCAAGCCCUGCGGCUGGAGCGGGAGGAGUAUGUACUGUUGAAGGCUCUAGCCCUUGCCAAUUCUGACUCUGUGCAUAUUGAAGACGCUGAGGCUGUGGAGCAGCUGCGGGAAGCCCUGCACGAGGCCCUACUGGAGUAUGAAGCUGGCCGGGCUGGCCCUGGAGGGGGUGCUGAGCGGAGGCGGGCAGGCAGGCUGCUGCUCACGCUGCCACUGCUCCGCCAGACAGCAGGCAAAGUCCUGGCCCAUUUCUAUGGGGUGAAGCUGGAGGGCAAAGUGCCCAUGCACAAGCUGUUUUUGGAAAUGCUUGAGGCCAUGAUGGACUGAGGCAAGGGGUGGGACAGGGUGGGGUGACUGGCAGGAUCUGCCCAGCAUGGGGUGUUAGCCCCAAGGGGGCAAAGCUGGAGUCUGGGCAGUGCCACAGCCUGCUGGCAGGGCCAGGGCAAUGCCAUCCGCCCCUGGGAGCAGGCUUCAUGCCCUCCCCUCCCCCCUCUGGGGGGUGUCAGAAGCCAGGAAAGUGAAUGCCCAGGUGUGGGCACAGUGCUGCCCCUUGCAAGCCAUAAUGUGCCCCCAAGAGUGUAGGGGGCCUCGCGGAAGCCAUAGGGGGCUGCAGGGGAUGUGUGGGAGGCAGAAACUGAUCUCAGGGAGGGAAGGGGAUGGAGGCCACAGUCUCCCAGUGGGCGAUGCUUUUGCUGCUGCUUAAUCCGAACCCCUCUCCAGAGCAGAGGGGGGCUUGGAAAGCAAAGGCCCCUGUCCCCUUCGCUCCUCUCCUCAUUCGCAUUGGGCAUUAGUGCCCCCCCUUGAAGCAAUAACUCCAAGCAGGCUCCAGCCCCUGAACCCCUGGGGUGACCAGGGCCCCCCAUCAGCUCCCACCUCGAGGGGUGGGGGACAGCACUGCCUCUAUGCCCUGCAGAGCAAUAACACUAUAUUUAUUUUUGGGUUUGGCCAGGGAGGCGCAGGGCCAUGGGGCAAGCCAGGGCCCAGAGCCCUUGGCUGUACAGAGACUCUAUUUUAAUGUAUAUUUGCUGCAAAGAGAAACCGCUUUUGGU